AUGAAUCUGUUUGAAAAUCAUUUCCAUGUUGCGGAGCUCUUCGGGAGAGAACAUACAGAGUCGACUCAGCUGUUUCUGGAAAACUCGGUUUGUUUCAAGGUGAGUUACAUGGCCGCGAAUCUCACGAUUUUGGAAUCUGCAUUUGAGGAAAACGGAAGAGGCUUCUGUUUGGUGGAUUUCGAAAUUGGACAGGGGAAACAGUUCGUGAAUCUCCCGCACGCGCUUAAAGCGCGUGAUAUUGCACUGCCUCCAAGUUUUACGCUUAAGUUAAUCACUGUGGCGGAGAAUGGUCGUGAUGAGAUGGUUAUAGCUGUCGGAGAGAUGCUGGUUCAUCAGGCGGAGAGUUCAAUCAUCGAUCUCUUGUUAAUCGAUUCUGUAGAAGCCAUUUUCGUUGAUUAA